GCAGAUAUUUAUGAAAGACCAAAUGACACCACUCAUCUGAUAUAUUUGGGGGCAGAUGAGAUGAUUUUCAGUAAUGGGUCUGUGAUCGCCUCUUCUCGUCUGCUGUUUGGGCCAACUCAAGUCAAUCCAGAGCUUUUGAGAGGAAUCUUUUUGUCUGCAUACAAACAAAUUCCUUCGCCGAUACUAGAGAUUGACCUCAGCUACAUUGAAAAUGAACUACCAGGUGAAGAACCUCUUGAGGAAGAGAAGAACUUUAGCAGAACACCAAUGACAACACACAAAGAAACACCUUUUACGACCAUGUCCUCAAUGACCACGGCCCUCGCUUCCAGUCCUGACAUCAUAACGGAUGCUGAAUCCUUCACCAGUCACCUUCCAUCCACACACUCACCCAACAUGUCCACCUCUCUCCCAUUGGGCUCCAGUGCUGUUGUAGGAAACAUCACAAACCCAAUCCACUCCACCACCUCCAUACCCUUUAACACCACCACAAUGCCCCUAAACACCACAACCAACUCACUGAUGGAUAUUACAAGUAUUUCUACAGCACCCACUAAUUCAGUAACCAAUGGGACAACACCAGAAGUCCCCAACAGGAUCUCCACAGCAGCACCCAUUACAACAGCACCCAUCACUACAGCUUCCAAUGGCACCACCACCAUUGACACCAUCACUACAUUCCCAAAUGCCACCAUCACUGCAACCCCAAAUGGCUCCACAACUACAGCCCCCAAUAACACCACCACUGCAGCCCCCCAAAGCAGAUUCACCUCCAUUCACAGCACUGUUGGAAAAACGACAAUCAGCUCUACCAUGUUUUCAACAGCUCAGACCUCGAAGACCACAGCCAUGAACCAUUCACCUACUACGGCCAAUAUUUUGGUGCCUGGAUGGGCGGUUGCUCUGUUAGCGCUGACGGCUGUUAGCCUCUUCCUCCUCCUCAUCCUCAUCAUUCUGGUGGUGCUCUGGUGCUGUUGUCCAAAACGACGUGUUUUCGUGAAUGAAGUUGAAGAGAUGAAUCCUCCCAUGUACUUCAGUCCUGACAUCCCUAUGUAUUCAACGCAAAGCACAUUUGAUACAUCCAACGGCAAACAAGCGGAUGUCAGAGAAAAACCUCCAAUAAACCGCACAGGAAUGUACGUGGUGAACAAAUGAAGGACACAGGUUUUCUGACCCCCAGCAUUGUCCUUUCCUCUGCUUAAGAAGAACGAGGCCUGCAGAAACCCUUAUGUUGGAUGAAUAACUGUCAUACAUCUGGCACUACACAGCAGAAUGCUAAACCGACAGGGAAAUGAUUUUACAUGCCAUU